UGUGUACAUAAUAAUAAUAUCUGAAUUGCUCAAUGUUCAACAUCUUUUCCCGUGUGACCGUACAGACAGAUAUACAGGUGCAUCUAUAUGGGUAUAUGGGUGGUCCGUAUCCCAAGCUGUCAGUCAUGCUUACAGUGAGCUAUACAGGUGCGUUGAAUGGCCAGUUACUAUAUGGCAAUCAUUCAUCAUAGAAACAUCCUAUAUAAACACCACCCCGAAUAUCAGAGCGUCAUUUCAGUUUCAACAGUCAGCAAGGAAAACAUGGAUUCAUCAAACGCACCAUUCACCUGUCCUGAGUGCGGAAACUUAUAUUCCUCUCAAAGGAAUGUGAACCGCCACAGGAGGUCUGCUCACGAAGGGCAGCGCUUUGUUUGCGACCAUUGCACUAAAAGUUUUGCUUCCAAACAAAAACUACACCAGCACAAGUGCGCUGCCUGCUCGCAACAACGCCUAUCGGAAUACCGUUGUAGCAAAUGCCCCGAGGUGUUCCCCUCUCCCCGUGACUUGGCCGUGCAUUUUCGACGGUGUCAUUCUAGCGGCGCAACACAGACGUCACGGGAUGACGCACGGCCGUCUACCUCUAGUGGGGAUAGAUAG